CCCCUCCAUGUCUAUCCUGUCAACUUCGACGUAAAUCUCUUUGCGCUUUUUCUGCGUGGGGGCAAGUUCGGAGCUUCUCUCCCGUUAGCCUACUCAUUUGAACUAACCCAGCGACUGGGCAGAAGUAUCUAAAUAUCAAAACAUGGGCUGGCAGAAACCAGGCUGGUUGAUCACCGUUACUCUACUCGGGCUUGCGGUAUCGGUGCAGAGUAUCACACGGGGAGAUUUCUUUCCAUUCGGUGUCACCGCUGGAGACCAGUUGCUGGAACAAGGGAAUGACCAAACGCACCAACUCACCCUAGACAAACCUGUAUUGUUUUACGAUGGAAAAUUCAACAAGAUUUAUCUCAACACCAACGGCUUUGUUGCCACGGCCAAGCCGAGCAGUGAAGCGACAUACCUGGGCAAGAUGCCGGCUGGGUUCGGCAUGAUCGCAGCUCUGCAUGGAGACCUGGACACGAGUGACGGGGUGGGCAAGGUGUACUUCCGCCAGGACGCCAGCGUGUCCACCCUGCAGCAGGCAGCAGACCACAUCAACAGGGCCUUCCCAGAGGAUGAUGAGGUAGAGCCCACCCACGUCCUGGUGGUGACCUGGGCAGACGUGGCCUCCUACCAGCCCCACAGCAGAGGAGACAGCCUGGACAGCUUGGACAAGGAGAGAAACACCUUCCAGCUGGUGAUUGCUUCCUUGGAGAGGGCGUCUUUUACCAUCCUUCUCUACCCGAGGAAAGGGCUGCAGUUUGUCUCCACGCCAGUGAGGGGCAGUAGUGAGAUCCUGCAGGCCGGCUUCAGUAAGGGCCUGGUGAGCUCCUUCCUGUUCAGCAGGCAGGGUCCGUACUACCGCACCACCACAAACCACGAGACGUCUGUCAGGGCUCUAGCUGAGGAGACAAACUCCGGCCAGCGAGGUGUUUGGGUGUACGAGAUGGGCACCUCUCCGUAUUUCACAGACGUGGCCCCAGGCGAGGUGACAGACCUGCCCACGGAGGGCUCUCCGCACCCUGGCCAGGAGGGCCACGUCGGGGGCCAGAUCCCCAUCCACACUGUCCAGUUCCAGCCCCACUACCAGCCAGAAGACCCCCAGGUGGUGAUUGUGGACGACGGAGGAGACAUCAAUGUUGACGUCUUCUCCUACAACUCCGAGACAUGUGCGAACAACAGGAAGAAGUGCUCCACCUUUGCAGACUGUAAGGACUAUGCCAGCGGUUACUGCUGCCAUUGCAGGCCUGGCUUCUACGGCAACGGUGUUCAGUGUGUGGCAGAGGGGAAGCCCCAGAGGAUGAACGGUAAAGUGAACGGGAGGGUGUUCGUGGGAAACAAUCCGUCACCCAUGGAGUUCAGCAGCAACGACCUGCACUCGUACGUGGUGGCCAACGAGGGACGAGCCUAUGUAGCCAUCAGCACCAUCCCUGCCAGCCUGGGGCCUUCUCUGCAGCCCCUGUCCGCCCUGGGAGGGGUCAUAGGCUGGGCCUUCGCCCUGCAGCAGCCCGGCUUCAAGAACGGCUUCAGCAUCAUCGGUGGGGAAUUCACUCGACAGGCUGAGGUGACCUUCUUGCCUGGCAACGAGAAGCUGACCAUCAGGCAGGAGUUCAAAGGCAUCGAUGAGCACGACCACCUGGUGGUCAGCACUUCCCUGGAGGGCCGCGUGCCAGAGGUUCCCCAGGGCGCCUCGGUGCAGAUAGAGCCCUACUCGGAGAUCUACCAGUACAGCAGCAACAUGAUCACAUCGUCCUCCACCAGAGACUACGUGGUGAGUCAGAACGGUGUCCCCUCGGAGACCAAGACCUACCAGUGGAGGCAGACCAUUACCUUCCAGAGUUGUGCCCACGACGAAGCCUCCAGCGCCUCGCUGCCCUCUCAGAUGCUGCGGGUCGAGCAGAUCUUCGUCAUGUAUGACAUCCCAAACCAGCUAAUUCGCUACGCCAUGACCAAUAAGAUUGGAGAUGUCAAUGGGGGUGGCCUGCCAGUGGAGAACCCUUGUUUCACGGGAAGACACGGCUGUGACACCAACGCUGUGUGCCGGCCGGGACAGGGGAACCUGUUCACCUGCGAGUGCAGUGCUGGCUUCAUCGGGGAUGGCCGGACGUGCCAUGACAUUGACGAGUGCAGGGAAACGCCCCAGAUCUGUGGCCUCCACGCCAUCUGCAACAACCAUCCCGGAACCUUCCGCUGCGAGUGCCUGGACGGCUACCAGUUUGCCAGCGAUGGACAGACAUGCAUUGAGGUGAACCGCCCAGUGGACCACUGCUCCGAUGAAAGCCACAACUGCGACAUCCAUGAGCGGGCUCGCUGCAGCUACACCGGAGGCUCUGCCUUCAUCUGUUCCUGCCUGCCAGGCUUCGUAGGAGAUGGACGCAACUGUCAAGACGUGGAUGAGUGCCAGCCCGGCAGGUGUCAUCAGGACGCUGAGUGCUACAACACCCAGGGAUCCUUCACCUGCCACUGCAGGCCAGGUUUCUACGGCGAUGGAUUCUACUGCACCUCAGAGAGGACAAAAACCCAGUGUGAGACCCACAGAGACAGACUUCUGGGCUCUACUGAGUUUGGCCCCCGAGGGCCACGCCCUGUCCCUGGCCAGUACGUCCCCACCUGCGGUCCCCAAGGAGCCUACGAAGACACCCAGUGUCACGGCAGCACGGGACACUGCUGGUGUGUGAACCGCAACGGGCAGGAGAUCCCAGGGACGCGGACUGGACCUGGCAGCCGACCUAUGUGCAUUGACCAAGAGGUCAUUCCCCCUCCGGUGAGACCCACUACUAGGCCUGAUGUGUACCCUCUGCCCCCGGGAACACAUCUUCUGUUUGCCCAGAGUGGGAGGAUUGAGUUUGUCCCUCUGGAGGGGUAUGACAUGAAGAAGAGUGAGUCCAAGGCCGUCCUCCACCUACCAGAGAAGAUAAUCAUUGGGGUGGCGUACGACUGCGUGGAGAAGAUGGUGUACUGGACAGACAUCACAACCCCCUCCAUCAGCAAGGCCAGCCUGCAGGGGGGAGAACCCAUUCAAGUCAUCAGAUCAGAUCUGGAGAGCCCGGAGGGGAUUGCAAUAGACCACUUGAGCCGGACGCUGUUUUGGACCGACUCUAUGAAGGACCGGAUCGAGGUGGCGUCCCUGGACGGGACUCAGAGACGUGUCCUGGUCGACACUGAGCUGGUGAACCCCCGGGCCAUCAUUGCUGACCCCACCAAGGGAAACCUGUACUGGGCUGACUGGAACCGGGAGGCCCCCAAAAUUGAGACCUCUUACAUGGAUGGGACCAACAGGAGGGUCCUGGUGAAGGAUGGUCUGGGCCUGCCCAAUGGUCUGACCUUUGACACCCAGAGCUCUCUGCUGUGCUGGACUGAUGCAGGCACGCAUAAGAUGGAGUGUAUCGACCCAGGCCAGAGUGACCGGAGAAAGGUCAUGGAAGGCCUUCAGUACCCCUUUGGAAUGACCUCUUAUGGAAAGAACAUCUACUAUACUGACUGGAAAAGGGAUGGAGUGAUCGCUGUGGACCGGAACACUGGCAGGGAGACGGAUGAGUUCCAGCCUCAGAAGCGAACCCGCUUGUACGGGAUCACAACAGCCUACGCACAAUGUCCAUCGGGACAAAACUACUGUACCGUGAACAAUGGAGGUUGCACGCAUCUCUGCUUAGCCACACCUUUAGGGCGCUCCUGCAUGUGUCCGAAAAACACUGUGGGCGUGAGCUGUGUGGAGAGAGAGGGGAGGUACUGAGGUACAAGAGCUCUGAGUGACCUCAAAUGUCCAAUCUGAUGUUGAGUCAGGCUACCACUUGUUCUAAACUAUAGCUGUUAAAAAACUUCACUGAAAUCCUACUGUGCAUUUUAUGACAACAAAAAACACAACUUUUUUCCAUUAUCCCUUUAUAGUUUUGGGGGGAAUUGUUCAUACUGAAUACAUAUUUAUCAAUACAUUUAUAUGUGCUGACAUUUUGAAUAUCUUGAAUAUCUCAAGGAAUAAAUUGAAUGUGAAGUUAGUUAAAUCAAACACUCAUCUCCUAGCUUUGUGAUGUUGGCAUAUGCAACUCAUUCCAUAAUUCGGAUUGAAGUAUAAUAGUGAAAAUUGCUAAAGAAUUGACUGUAUUGGAGGGGAAGAUAAGUUUACAUUCUGUGCAGCUAUCCAAUAAAAAAAACUUUUUU